AUGCCUGAUCCAGAGACAGGGCUUAUUGUACCUUAUCCCAAUUCUCUUGGCCAUGAACAAGGCGUGACCUCUGUGCCGGACGAGAAUCGAGCCACGGAGAGCGAAACUACUACGUCGCAGCCCAAAAUUAGCCAGUUUCAGCUAGAGAAUGAACUCGAAGAUACUGGUUUAAACAACUCGUAUAGACGAAGAAUGUAUAGAUGGGGUCACGAACGGUAUCCGCGGACUACAAGGGUCCUCAGAAAAAUUAUUCAUUACAUUCAGGGUCCACAACCACCCCCACCUGCUGCUGGGGUGCGCGGCUGGCUUGACAGGACGUGGCGCAUUCGAAAUAAGUCUAUCGACCUUUACUGGGAAAAAUACGUCCUACACUUCACACGUUUCAUCAAGAAACCAUGGAUAUUCUGGCCGAUAGCAUGUGCCUACAUCGUGUCCUUGGCGUUCUUCGCUCGCGCCAAUUACUUCUUCACUCCACGGGACUCGUUCAUUGACUGCACAGCAGCAUACUGGAGAGCGUUGGAUGGAUGCGGUCUUGAUGGUACAGACUGUACCCCGUUCAGCGAUGCGGGCUUCGAGUUUCGCUGCCCAGCUGGGUGCAAAGGGACAAUAUUGCGAAACAUACGCACAGUUGGGGAUCAGCAAGUCGUCUACGUUCCACUCGUCGUUGGAGGAGGGGAUACGAACCGGACAUACCGAGGCGACUCGUUUCUUUGUGCGGCAGGGAUCCACGCAGGUCUCAUCUCGGAGUCUAGGGGGGGCUGUGCCAAAGUCUCCCUCGUUGGCACCUUUACUAAUUAUUUGUCCUCGACAGCCCAUGGAAUUACGACCAUCGCCUUUCCGUCCGUCUUCCCGCUUUCCUACCAGCUUUCUUCGCCCGCCACACUCAGUCACUGCGAAGAUCUGCGCAAUGAAGCGCUCGUCUUUGACAUCCUCGUCACACUCUUACUUUUCCUCCUCCUCCGUCCGAAACCCAUCAUCAUCUUCUGGUCGCUCGUCUGCAUUGGGUACUGGCAUAUUAACCUAUUCUCUGAUCCAGCCGUUCCGCCCGACCUCUCGACAGCAUUUGGCACAUUCCUCCCCUCGCUCUUCAUCUGCUACGCCUUUUGGCGCUCUGCGUUCCGGCAUUGCCUCCCCGCCUUUUCCGACUAUCCGAUUGAACGCGCCAUCUGGUACCUGCCCGCGUUCUGGGCAGGUUGUCUUUUCAAUGUGGUGACGGCCGGUAUCCCUAUCGACCGUCUGGUUGCAUCGGACAUAGCAAAUCAACCAGGUUCACUCGCAGCACUCAUCAUCUGCAGUCUCGUCAUCCUUGCCCUCGUUAUCAACCAGCUCCGUGUAAUUCGCAAGACGGGGUGGUUAUUACUGUACCUCCGGUGGUAUGCUCUCGCCGGUCUGGCACUACUCGUACUAGCGUGCCUGCCUGGGCUGCAGUUCCGGUUGCACCAUUAUUUUGCAGCGAUUCUCAUCAUUCCACUCACGGCAUUCCCAACUCGUCUCAGCGCCAUUUAUCAAGCGUUUUGCUUGGGAAUGUUCCUCAACGGAGCGGCAAAGUUUGGAUUGGACUCGAUACUCCAGACCGUGGAAGAGCUACGUCGGGAUGCACCACUCGGCUCCGACCUGCCUACCUUCUUGACAAACUCGACAACGUGGAACACGUCCAUUCCUCUCGCGAAUCAAACACUGAAUUGGCAAAGCUGGCCGUCUGGGACGGAGUGGGACGGAUAUUCCCUUCUCGUAGACGACGUCGAGCGUUAUACUGGCACUGCGACAAACUUUAGCCUCAAAGGAUUGGACGCGUCGAUUCCACACUUUUUCCGAGUGGCCUUCCAGUCAAAAGGAACUAGCGGCGAUUUUACCAAGGCCGCGGUAUGGCAUCCAGAUGGUCGUUGGACCGACCCAGCACCUGGGCCGUCAUAG